AUGGAAGGAUCGCCCCCGGAUGGAAGGAUCGCCCCACGGAUGGAAGGAUCGCCCACCGGAUGGAAGGAUCGCCCAUCGGAUGGAAGGAUCGCCCACUGGACGGAAGGAUCGCCCAACGACGAAUACCCGCCAACGGACGAUACCCGCCAAGGACGAAUACCCGCCAACGGACGAAUACCCGCCAACGGACGAAUACCCGCCAACGGACGAAUACCCGCCAACGGACGAAUACCCGCCACGGACGAAUACCCGCCAACGGACAAUACCCGCCAACGGACGAAUACCCGCCAAGGACGAAUACCCGCCAACGGAAUCCGCAACACGAUAUCCGCCAACGACGAAUAUCCGCCAACGGACGAAUAUCCGCCAACGGACGAUAUCGCAGAGAUAUCCGCCAACGACGAUAUCCGCACGGACGAAUAUCCGCCAACGGACGAAUAUGCGCCAACGGACGAAUACCCGCCAACAGACGAAUACCCGCCAACAGACGAAUACCCGCCAACGGACAAAUACCCGCCCAACGGACGAAUACCGCCAACGGACGAAUACCCGCCAACGGACGAAUACCCGCCAACGACGAAUACCCGCCAACGGACGAAUACCCGCCAACGGACGAAUACCCGCAACGGACGAAUACCCGCCAACGGACGAAUACCCGCCAACGGACGAAUACCCCGCCAUCGGACAAAUGCCCCCCUACUGGACCAAUGCCCCGCUACCGGACUGAUGCCUGGACAAGACGCCAGUUAUGAUGAAGUUUAA